CAACUCAGGAGUGUCAAUAUCGCGAUUAACAAGAGUACUAGACAGUGCUGUCAUCAACGAGUGUUUUUUUCGAAGAGAAAACAUAAGCCUGUUUAUUGUUGGUUCUAAUUUGUUCAUCAUGCAGUCCUGUGUGACACAUUUAUCAGAGUUGGAAUUAAAUGACUUAAUUUUGAAGGCAAAAGAUUGGAACAUCAUUCAUGGAUGCAUAAUGAGACCAAGGGAGAAUUUCAGUUUGGAUCAAGCACAAAUAUGUCCAUUUUUACUCUUGCCCAGUUCAUAUCCAAAAGGAGAAUUUCAAAAAGCUAAAGAGCUUCAAUCAAUGCUGAAUGAAUUAAUGCACAAAGUAGCACAUGAUCAUGAAUUUCUGAGCAGUACUCUUAAAAAUACCAUUGAAGUGGAUGAUUUUACCAGAAAGCUCUUUGAAAUUUAUCAAACUGUUUAUUUGGAAGGUUUUGCUCAGACUCUAAGUCUUGGACUGAUAAGAUCGGAUUACAUGCUACAUGGCAGUGAAGGAGGUGAAAUUAAGCAGGUAGAAAUAAAUAUGAUUUCAACUAGUUUUGCUGGUUUAGCAGGGAUCAAUUCCAAUUAUCAAAAGUUCAUUUUAGAAGAAUUAGGGUUCAAAAAUAAACUGUCAAAUAUUCCGCAAAAUGACCCUGCAAAUGGAUUCGGUAAUGCUCUUGGACGAGCUUGGUCAACUUAUAAAGAAAAAUUUGCAGUAUCUACAGUUGUACACAAGAUUAUUAUAUUAUUUAUUGUUGAAGAUGUUGUUUACAAUUUAUUUGAUCAAAGGGCAAUAGAAUUUUCAAUAAACGAAAAAUCUCCAGAAAUAAAAGUUAUCAGAAGGACUUUAUCAGAGCUGGCUACUAAGGCUAGAUUAGGAUCAAAAAAAGAAUUACUCGUUGAAGAUUUUGAAGUUGCAGUAGCUUAUUAUCGUACUGGCUAUCAGCUAGAGGCUUAUCCUUCAGACAAAGAAUGGGAUGUGAGACUAUUGAUUGAGCGUUCUACAGCUAUCAAGUGCCCUUCAAUACAUUAUCAUUUAGCUGGAACAAAAAAAGUGCAACAGCAAUUAUCCGUACCUGGAGUCCUGGAAAGAUUCUUGAUAGAUCAAGCUGUGAUAAAUAAAAUUAAAGAAAUAUUCAUGGGUCUUUAUUCUUUAGACUUGGAUGAAGAUGGAGACAAAGCAGUUGCUGAGGCAAUAAGUAAUCCACAAAAAUACGUCUUGAAACCCCAACGCGAAGGUGGUGGCUACAAUAUUUAUGGAGAUGAAAUUAAAAGUCAUCUGGAAUCAAUGAAAGGGUCGAAAGAACGCACUGCCUUUAUACUUAUGGAAAGAAUUUACCCUCCGCUUCAGAAAAAUUACCUGAUUCGUGCUGGCAACACUGACGUAAGGUUGCAGGAUUUUGUUUCCGAACUUGGAAUCUAUGGAGUAUUGAUGGGGGAUGAAACAGCUGUUUAUUUAAAUGGCGAAGUUGGACACGUUUUGCGAACAAAGCCAUCCGCCUACAACGAAGGUGGUAUAGUCUUUGGUGCUGGCGCAAUCGACAAUCCCUACCUCGUCGAGUAAAGAUCACAAAUGUGAGGUAUAAAAAAUUUGUUUAAAUUUUCAUAUAUAAGUUUAUUUUAUUUAACUUGAUUUAUCAUCAGUGUUGAUUAACUACUAAAGCAAAAAAUGAAAUGGGUUGUAUAUUUUUAAGUGUUAAUAAAACAAGAGUUUUUUGAACUCAUGAUUAAACCGAGAAAAUCAACAUUCGAGAAUCUCAAGCUCGUUAUGCCACCCACGUUUCUACUUUGAAAUUUCGCGUUUUGCGAAG